ACAUUGCCUUCUUGAUCGAGGUUUCUCUGGCUCUUCCCUGAAUCGCGUCCGUCGUUGAGAGAGAUGUGUCCUCGAGCAGCUCAAACAUGCGAAAUCUGCAAGAAAGUUGUAUCCAGAUACAAGUGUCCUUCUUGUAUUCUUCCUUACUGUUCAUUGGCUUGUUUCAAGAUACAUAAAGAGACUCCAUGUGCUAAGCCUUCUUCAACAGAGGAUAAUCCAGCAGCUUCUCCACCAAAGGAGGAAGUCCCGGUUGAAAGACCGGUACAUGUUGGGGAAGCUACUACUGAUAUUGUUGAAAAGACACAGCAUAAGGCUAGUGCUGCAUCUCCUGCCAAGGAGAUUCCGGUAGCAAGACCGUUACAUGUAGAGGAAGAAAAGUUUGUUUUAGAGAAGGCACAGCUUGAGGCUAUUGCUUCUUCUAGUGAAAUCCGAGAAGCUCUAAAGGAUGAAUCCCUUCAGAAACUCAUCUACAAUAUUGAUAGUUCUUCCAACCCGUUACAGGAACUCGAUGAAGCGAUGAGGGUAGAAGCAUUCCGCGAAUUCACAGACAAGAUUCUAUCAAACAUUUCCAAGAGUAAAUGACAAGCAGUGAUCGAAGUCCCUUCAGAACAUAAGUUCCUCAAGUACUCUUGCUUAGUGUGUUUGUUACAGUUCAAGUGAAAUGUUUAUUGGCUAUAAAAAACGACGUCGCCGUUUUGGUGUAUCUAACAUCUCUUCUGUGGCGUACCUUCCAACAUGUAUAUAUUGACACCCUAGAUUCCACAUUCCCAGAUAGUGACAUUUACAGAAAUAAGGGGAAAAGUACUAAAAAAAGCACUCAAUUUAACCUUAGAAAGACAGACAACAUCUACAUGCUU